CUCCGCCCCGGAACUGCGGAUGGCGCUGCAGCUGGGAGAGGACUGUGUCGUCUUUUGAGUUCCGUCCCCCGACAUCGGAGGGGUCCGCGGCGACGUCUCCAUACGGUGCGUGCCGGGGCUGGAGAGAAGCUGGGGGCAGGCUCCCGGGAUCCCAUCGCGGGCCUCCCCCGUUCCCUGGAUUCUCGGGUGGAGCGAGGUCGGCCGACUGCUGACCCUGCGCGUGGCCAUUCGGUGGGCCUCGAGGUUGCGGCCUCAUCUUCUUCGCUUUGUGCUGCGGCCCGUGCUUAAGCAGCCAUGAAGUUGAAGGAGAAAAAGUCAGGGCCAAAGUCCCGAAGCUGUGGCAAGUUUCAGAUGAAGGGAAUCAAAGUUGUGGGAAAAUGGAAGCAGGUGAAGAUUGACCCAAGUGUAUUUGCAGAUGGACAGAUGGAUGACCUGGUGUGUUUUGAGGAACUGACAGAUUACCGGUUGGUCUCCCCUGCCAAGAAUCCCUCCAGUCUCUUCUCCAAGGAGGAGCCCAAGAAGAGAAAGGCCCAAGCUGUUUCAGAAGGACAGGAAGGAGAGUGUAGCUCCUCAAAGAAAAAAAUGAAGUUGAAGAAGAAGAAAGACGUAGACACUGAAGGACCCAGUGCCCAGAAAGAGUUUGAGGUCAAAGAUGCCGAGCCAGAGCCCCAGGGAGAUGGCACCAGGUGUCCAGAUCCAGAGGUGGGGGAGGCGGCGUCAGGAAGCCUGGCCCUGACUGCUCCGAAAAAGAAGAAAAAGAAAGGGAAAAAAACCCCAGAGGCUUCCCAGGCUCCUACUGCAAAGGUGCCCAAAAGAGCAAAGACGUGGGUGCCUGAAGUGCAUGACCAGAAGGUGGAUGUGUCAGCCUGGAAGGAUCUGUUUGUACCCAAGCCAGUUCUCCGCGCGCUCAGCUUUCUAGGCUUUUCUGCACCCACACCCAUCCAAGCUCUGACCCUGGCACCUGCCAUCCGUGACAAGCUGGACAUCCUUGGGGCUGCCGAGACAGGAAGUGGGAAAACUCUUGCCUUUGCCAUUCCGAUGAUCCAUUCAGUGCUGCAGUGGCAGGUGAAGAAGCCUGCCCCACCUCCGAGUAACACAGCAGCAGCACCCGGAGAGACUGGAGCCGAGGCAGGACCACCAGGCCAGGCUGACGCUGAGUCUGGAGCGUCGUCUGCUGACACUGGAACUGACGGUGCGGCACUGCCCAGUGAGGCCGGGACAAGGCCUAGAGCACCACCCAGCAAGGCAAGAGCCGAGGCUGGAGCUGCCACCUCAGACCAGGUGCUGCCCUUCUGUGAUGACGAUGCUGGGGAGGGACCUUCUUCCCUGAUCAGGGAGGCACCUGUUCCCAAACAGGACAGGGACAGACAGGAACAGUCUGAUGAAGAGCAGCCUGGAAAGCUGGAACGAGAGUUGGGUGGUGAACCUGUAACCUGUGAAACACAUCCAAAGCGUCCUCUGCUUGGACUGGUUCUGACCCCCACUCGGGAGCUGGCCGUCCAGGUCAAACAGCACAUGGAUGCUGUGGCCAGGUUUACAGGAAUUAAAACUGCUAUUUUGGUUGGUGGAAUGUCCACGCAGAAACAGCAGAGGAUGCUGAACCGCCAGCCUGAGAUUGUGAUCGCCACUCCAGGCCGGCUGUGGGAGCUGGUUAAGGAGAAGCACCCUCAUUUGAGCAACCUUCGGCAGCUCAGGUGCCUGGUGAUUGACGAGGCUGACCGGAUGGUUGAGAAAGGCCACUUUGCUGAGCUCUCACAGCUGCUAGAGAUGCUCAACGACUCCCAGUACAACCCAAAGCGACAGACACUUGUUUUUUCUGCUACACUGACCCUGGUACAUCAAGCUCCUGCUCGAAUCCUUCACAAGAAGCACACCAAGAAAAUUGACAAAACUGCCAAACUUGACCUUCUCAUGCAGAAGAUUGGCAUGAGGGGCAAGCCCAAGGUCGUUGACCUCACAAGAAAUGAAGCUACAGUGGAGACGCUGACAGAGACCAAGAUCCAUUGUGAGAAUGAUGAGAAGGACUUAUAUCUGUACUACUUCCUGAUGCAGCACCCAGGCCGCACCCUAGUGUUUGCCAACAGUAUCUCCUGCAUCAAACGCCUCUCUGGGCUCCUCAAAGUCUUAGACAUCAUGCCGCUGACCCUACACGCUUGUAUGCAUCAGAAGCAGAGGCUCAGAAACCUGGAGCAGUUUGCCCGCCUGGAAGAUUGUGUCCUUCUGGCAACAGAUGUGGCGGCUCGGGGCUUGGAUAUUCCUAAAGUCCAGCAUGUCAUCCAUUACCAGGUCCCCCGCACCUCGGAGAUUUACGUGCACCGAAGUGGUCGGACUGCUCGGGCCGCCAGUGAGGGUCUCAGCCUGAUGCUGAUUGGGCCUGAGGACAUGAUCAACUUUAAGAAGAUUUACAAAACCCUCAAGAAAGAUGAGGACAUCCCAUUCUUCCCCGUGCAGACAAAGUACAUGGACGCAGUCAAGGGGCGAAUCCAGUUGGCCCGGCAGAUCGAGAAAGCGGAGUACCGGAACUUCCAGGCGUGUCUGCACAACUCGUGGAUCGAGCAGGCGGCAGCUGCCCUUGAGAUUGAGCUGGACGAGGAGAUGUAUAAGGGAGGUAGAGCCGACCAGCAAGAAGAGCGCCGGAGACAGAAGCAGAUGAAGGUGCUGAAGAGGGAGCUGCGCCAUUUGCUCUCCCAACCACUGUUUAAAGAUGAGCUGAAAACCAAGUAUCCAACUCAGUUUGGCAAGCCGCCUGCGCUCAGGCCUGCCCCGAGAAACGGUGAGUCCGCCUUGAGCCGCCUCUCCCAGCAGAAGAAGAAGCCGGAGCCAAAAACAAAAGGGCAGCAGGGAGAGCCACAGCCAAGUACCAGUGCUCACUAACUGCCCCCGUGUCAGAGUCUGCUAGUGACCACAUGUUGUGUCUCUAUGGGAAAUUUCCAUCUUUCCUUUCAUUCCACUGUCAGCCUGAUUACGAAAGUCUCCCUCUUUUCCACACCAGCCCCGUAGUGGGGGGACCUCGUACAGAUUUGCGUUGCUUUUUGGAGUAAGAAUUCUUUGCAGCAGCUCAUGUAUAUCUGUGUGUCAGUGUUUACAGGCUGUUAUUGUUAUGUAAACCACUUGAUUUCCUUAAUUAAAAACAGUUGAACUAG